AUGAAUGAUGAUGUAUUUAAAAUAGACUCAAUUGGUCUAUACGCAAAUCAUCUUUUCAAUCAUCGAACCAGAUUACAAGAAUAUUUAAAACACACCACGGGCAAAGACACUUCGCCAAUUGAAAGAUUGAACUCAUUAAUAUCGGAUAUUUGUUCAACUGAUGACUGCGAGAAGAAAUUGAACGAAAUUGCAGCGAUUCUCAAUACGAUCCAAGAACAACCAUUAACUUUUCCUGCGGACAAAUCAACAAAGUAUCUGUCGAAUGAAAUAGAAUGUCUAAGAGAAGAUGUACUGAAAAUGACUCAUGCUGCAAAUAUUCCAUCCAGAAUCACUCAUAAAAUCCAGUUUUCCAAUAAUGCCGUUCGUUGGAUACGAGGUCCUAUCAAAGUGAUCUUCAAUGGGACCAUGCAUGUAUUUGACACGCUAGCUAAGCAUACUCACAUGAAUAGCUCAGUUGUACGCGCAGUAGCACACGGCUUAACCAAGAAAAGCCAAACGACUACGAUCAAACAAUCAGCGUUCAUCAAAAUCACAUCUGAAUGGACAUACAUCGGUAAAAAUCGCGAUCAAGGGUUCAAUAGCGAAUCAAUCUGGAUGCUGGAUCCUCAAGGUCGACGCAUUCUAGUGAAAACUCAAGAAAAUCCACUAUGUGCUGCUAACGAAUGGCUGACCUAUGUUCUAGGAAGUGCACUCGAUUUGCCCGUCAAUGAAGUACAAAUUACAGUUUAUCAGAAUAAACUUGUGACACUACACACAGACGUUAACCAAGGAAAUGAAAGAACGAUGACGUUUAUGGAAUUACCAAAGCAAGUACGCAAACAUCUACUAACACAUCCGAUCUUAGGACGUAUGGAUCUGCUCGAUCAUAUUAUUCAAAACUCCGAUCGCAAUUUACGAAAUCUUUUAGUUACAAUAUCAAAUACCGCUGAUAUCAAUGAUCCGAAUGUGAAGAUGAAAAUACAUCUGAUCGAUCAUGCUUCGUGUUUCGGAUUAGGUAAACUUAGUAUCGUUAGUCUUGUCGCUUUUGAACAAGCAAGAAAGCUGAAACUAUAUCUGGAAUCAUUGCCAGUGACGGAUCGUUCUUCAAUAAGUCACACGUUGAAUAAUUUUGCUCAAAUUACCAACGGACAAUUUACUGACUGGUUGAAUGAAAUCCGAGACCUUCUGUCGGAGAAUCAAUACAAUCGAAUACUUGAUGUACUGAUUCGACAGCGAGAUGUCGUUAACCAUCCACCUGAUAUAAAUGAAGAUUCAUGUUCUGAUAUUGUUGCAAUAUUAGUCUUCAACAAUGAACAUAUUUGGAGUGUUAAGAAAUAUGAAAACGAUUGGUACAGUCUCGAUUCGUUGUCAGAAGAACCACAGACGAUUCCAUUUCGACGAAUAUUUGCACGACAAGGAUGUGGAUGGAUCAUCAUACGAAACCAUUCUGGACUUCGUGUCAACGAUGAAUCGGAAGAACAUACAAUCGUAAACAUGACAAACAAAAAGACGAGUGGAGUCAUCGCUGAUCAAUCGCCGAAAUUGAAAAGAAGGCGCCGUCGUGUAUAG